UGCAUUUCGAUGAAUAAUCAAUCGAUAAUCAGCAUUUUUCUAACACUGAGUUUGCACCUAUCGUCGUAAUAUUAUUUAAAGAAAAAUUAUUAUCAUACUUUCAUUGUUAUUAUAAUUUAACAAAAUUUGGAGAUAUGAAUACUAAUAUAUUAUUGACGCAGAAAUCUUCAAAAGAAAAUGACGAAGAAAUAAAUCUCCGUGGGGAAGAGGAAAAAUUGACAGAUGAUAAGGAAGUGUUUCAGAAAAGAAGGAUCUGGUCGCUACAAAUUGGUGCUGCCAUUAGUGCAAGCCUUCUGCGUUUGGGAUUUGGUGCAGCUCAAUAUUGGACAUCCCCAGCACUUCCGCAUCUAAAAAACGAAAAUUCCGAAUUCCCGUUAACGUCAGAUGAAGCUUCCUGGGUAGCAUCUUUACUCAGCUUUGGAUCUGUCAUCGGUUAUCUGCUGUACCCCCAAUUUAUCGAUCGCAUAGGUCGAAAAUACACAAUGCUUCUAUUUGCAAUCCCUCAAAUAAUAUCUUGGAUUUUAAUUUUUUUUGCAAAAAAUGUAUCCUAUCUUUACAUAGCAAGAUUCCUUGGUGGACUUGGUUACGGCGCUUCUUAUGUUGUACAAAUUAUUUACGUUGGUGAAAUUUCAGAUAAAAAUAUCAGAGGCAUGUUGAUAAUUCUAGCAAAAACAUCUUUUGCCACAGGUGCCCUUAUCACUGUAACAUUAGGCGCUUUCCUCUCCUAUGAAAAAAUGAAUUUAAUUUUGCUCUUCAUGCCGCUAUUUUUCAUUUUAACAUUCUCUUUUAUGCCGGAAUCUCCCUAUUUUUAUUUGAAACACAGUCGAGAUGAAGAUGCUUUAAAAAGUCUAUCAAAACUUCGAGGAAUUGAAAAUAAAAAUUUAUUGGAAUUAACAAUAGCAGAAAUGAAACAAGAUUUAGUUAACAAUACAGUUUCUAAAAAUCAUUCUUUACGAAAAUUAUUCGGGAAGAAACGGCACAGAAGAGCUUUUUUGAUAGCCUUAGUUGCCAUUUUGGGUGUAAUUUUUUCCGGAGCAUUCACUGUCGUUUCUUUUACUCAAGAAAUUGUUAGCUUCUGUGGGUUUUCUUUGGAACCUAAAUAUACUACGAUAAUAAUAACAUCGCUUGUUUUAAUUUCAUCGAUUUUAAUUUCCCCUUUGCCGGAUUAUUUUGGGAGAAAGAUACUGAUUUUAUCUUAUGGUUUAAUCGGCGCUUUAAGUUCUGCAAUGGUAGGAUUAAUUUUUUUUCUCAAAUUUUAUCAUCAAGUGGAUAUUUCUUCGAUUUCUUGGAUUCCAUUAAUAGCAUUAGCAAUUAAUAAUAUUGCAUCUACGGUUGGAUUGUACGGAAUGUCUGUUAUACUUUCUUCAGAACUUUUUCCAGUUGAGGUAAAAAGUUCGGCAGUUUCGUUGUUAUAUGUUGCAAAUGAUUCACUAUUGUUUCUAUUCAAAUUGGGAUUUCAGAGAUCAGUUGACACAUUUGGCAUUUAUGGGGUUUUCUGGAUCUUUGCUGUAUUGAAUUUUCUAUUGCCUUUAGUUACUUUCUCUAUUAUGCCUGAAACUAAGGGAAAAACUUUGGAAGAAGUUCAAAAAUUAAUAGGACGUUGAUCUAAAUAUUUAACCGAUUGAGGUCACCGAAAAAACUUGUUCUCAAUGCUUUAAACAGACUUUCAGGUCUGUCCAGAAAAAUUCUUACUUUGAAAUGUCUGUCACGAUACCCCAUGUGAUUUUCAUGUUAUUAUUCCGAGGU